GAAAAGAGAGCUAUCACAACAUCCAUCAUAUCUCAGCUGAAUCAGACCAGAUUUCUGAACUGAAAUACAUCUUUGAAUUUGGAAUGAUGGGGCCCCUGAUCACUGCCUUCUUCCUGCUGUUGUUUUCAGGGACCACAGUUCUUGGACAGAAGCCUCAAAGUGCCCCUAAACCAGGAAAACAGUGUGAUUCUCUGGUAUACAAGGACAAAGAACAAUCAAAAGGCACACCCUUUUUCACAAACAAGGCCUACUUCAAUGGAAAACCCAUCUACCAAUAUGACAGCAAUAGCAAGGAGGCAGUGCCGGAACCAGGAUGGGAAAAUGCUGAUGACUGGAACCAGGAGAGUCAGUUUCAGAAAAGAAGAGAAGGUUUUGGAAUGGAGUACCUGCGAGAAAUCAUGGCCUACUAUAAAGAUGUCAGUGGUUUGCAUGUCUUCAAUGGAACUUAUGGCUGUGAACUUUGCAAGAAUGGUGCCACCAAUGGAUUCUGGCGUUAUGAUUAUGAUGACCGACCAUUUAUUGAGUUUGACAAGGAAAAACCAGCCUGGAUCCCAAAGGAACCGGCAGCUAACAUUAUCAAGGAGAAAUGGGAGGCAGACGGUUCUGUGACUCAGGCCAAGGAAUAUCUGGAAAAGACAUGUAUUGAGAAUCUCAAACAAUACCGGGAUUAUAAGAAGGCUAAUUAGGAUAAACCAGGUUGCCAAGAUUGAGGGGGACUCAGGAAUGGAGCUCCAUCUUAAGCCCAAGAAGAGAAUGAAAAGCUGUGAAGAUCUUCAUUACCAUCCCCCUACUUAACAGUGACCUUUCACUGCAUUUCCAGCAAAGAGAAUUACAUAGAUCCAGAUUCUUCCCUGUAAGAGCUUUCAAUGUAAAAUAAAAAACAUUAAGCUGAACAACUAAAUGUCUCAUAAAACAAAAUAAAAGUCAUACAGUAUUUACUUGUG